UUCAAAUGAUAAACCUGACAUGCACCAACUUGGAAAGAUGCUUCAAUAAUCAACAUUACACAGAAUGUAUAGUACCAAGUUGAAUAAAUGUAUAUUGGGUUGGACUGAACAAAAAUAACCCCCUGUUGUCAAAGUAGACUCGUCCAAGUUUGUCGUCAUUUUCGCGCGCUUUUUGAAGAUCACACGACUGGAAUGACAGAAAUUCAUGCUGAACACUGACUGAUGAAGUAAGGUACGUUUCAAGCAUGUUUGUCUUAAAUAGCAACAGAGAUUAUGAUCAGCUAAUUAUGAAGGUCAAUGUAGUCAAGAUUCGUGUCACAGAAAUAUUUCUCGUUUUACACAGUGAACCCCUUUACGUACAGACGACGGUAAAUCAGCGACACUAUUUACGCUAGCGCCACGUUAUCUACAUUGAGGACUUGUCAUUGAGCUAUUAUUUUCAGGUGGCACAAUGAUUACAGAUCUACCUACAAUUGAUUUUGUAAUAAAGGACCAAAAUGUGUUAAUGUUCUUUCUGUAGAAUAUGGGGAAGACAAGAGCCGAAAUCCAGAAAGCCUACAGGGAGCGUAAGAAAGCAAGGGAGGGGGAUGCGUACAGGGAGAAAGAGGCUCGGCGGGUCAUGAAGUAUUAUAUACCGAGCGCUAGGCUGAGCAAGGAGGCUCUAGAGGCCAGGAGGGCAAGGGGAAGAGAAGCUGCAAAGAGACAUAGGGAGAAACAUCCAGCGCCUAGCAAACAUAAGAUCAAGAUAGAUUUCAAGAAAAGCAUCAGAGAGAGAAAGCAAAGGAAGAAAAUGAGGGAGAUGAAGGUCAAGUUAGAGAAAGCGCAGAAAGCUAAGAAAAGGCUGGAAAAGAAGAUAGAGAGGUUACAGAAGAGCUAUCAGCGCAAGGCAGAAGCAUCAACACCACGUAGUAAGACAACAUCUGACUUUAGACAUGCCGGCCUUUCACCUACAAAAGUGCCAAAGUUGCUGAAGAGAAAGCUGUUGUUCUCUAAUGUAGUACUUAAGGGGUUAAAAGAAGCAUACCACAAGAAGAAAACAGAUGGCAAACGAGUUUUAAGAAAUGUUGUAUCUGGGAAGAUUGUAAAGAAGUACAGAAUGAUGAGUACACUGACAAAGGCAAUGGGAAUGACUAAGAAGGGCAGUAGAAAAAUAAAGACAAGUCUUCCCCAUGUGCGAGAAGCCCUAAAGAAGCGAGUGGAAAACUUCCUAAACAGAGAUGAUAAUUCAAGAAUGAUGCCGGGAAAAAAGGAUUGUAAGAAAGUAGGCAAAGACAAAAGUACAGUGAGAGAAAAAUUCAUGAGCGAGAAUAGCGAUGUUAAGAUUUCUCUCAGCCACUUUGCCUCGUUCAGGCCAGCCAAUGUCAAGUUGGCGUCAUUUCUCUCGCGAAACACCUGUCUGUGCACGAAACAUCAGAAUUUUGCACUAAAACUCAAAUCCCUGAAAGACAAAGGGUGUAUCCAGUCGACCAACCCUGACAAUUUUCUGCAUGCCUUUCCCGAUGAAGAGAAGGUAGACUUAUUGUUGGCGAAUCUGCCGAAGGAUGGGAAAGUGAAAUUUGAGCAGUGGAAACGAAUGGAGGUCGACGGAAAAAACAAAAUGAAGAUUGUAACACUCGAAGUGGAAACACAGGUGUUCUGCGAAACCUUCCGAAAGGAAGUUGCAGAUUUCCGUCAGCAUUGUUUCAGGGCUGACGAACAGUACAAUCAGUUGAAAUCUCUUAAACAGAACCUUCCUCCCAAUCAUGUAAUCGUUCAGAUGGAUUUUGCUGAGAACUAUAAGGUCAAGUAUAGAGGGGAAGUCCAGUCCGCCUACUGGAACUGCGACUUGGUAACAUUACACCCAGUUGUUGUAUACCACAGAGAUGAAAACGGUGAGCUUCGACACGAGUCGAGAUGCAUCGUAUCUGAUGAACUGGGUCAUAACCCGUUCACGGUGUUUUCCAUCCUGAAGAAAGUUGUGUCUCAUCUUAAGGACAAACAUCCCAAUCUACAGUACGUCCAUUACUGGACAGAUUCCCCCAGCUCACAGUACAGAAAUAAGACUCUGUUUAGUGUCGUCUCCGAUCAUGAGACAUUGUUUGGCAUGAAAGCAUCAUGGAACUACUUUGAAGCCGGCCAUGGUAAGGGGCCGUGUGAUGGGGUGGGAGGUACGGUGAAGCGAAUGGCUGAUGAUGCCGUAAAACAAGGGGAUGCUCAGAUUCAAGAUGCACAUGACUUUUUCAAAUGGGCAUCUGUACAGGACAAAAGUGUCAUUAAGUAUGAUUUCGUGUCAAAGCUUGAGUGUAAAGACAGCGAGGACUUCCUUCGUAAGAAGUAUGCCAAGGUCAAAACAAUAAAAGGUACGAUGGCCUUCCAUUCUGUUGUAGGGUUGCCAGGUGGUAAGAUAAUGUCAGCCAAAACAUCUUGUUACUGCACAAACUGUUUUGGGGAGGGGGGUUUUCAGCCAGAGACAUGUUGCAAAGGGAAGUGGGAAACACACGGCAUCAGUCAUUCUAGAUAGGCGUAGAAGCUUCACCUCGUAUUGCAAAGGCAAACAGAUAUCUUUCCUUGGUGCGCUUGUUCAAAAUUCAGACUCCUGUCGGCAAUCAGUUCUGUCAAAAUCUUGCCGAAAAUAAUACACCAAAGAAAUGGAAUGAUGACUAUGACUGCCUGAACAGUGGGGAAUGUGAAUGCCUCACUUGCUGUCAAAAGAAAGCAGGGAGAACAACUCUGCUUACUAACUCUGUGUUUUACAAUCACAGAAAACAGCUGGUGUAAUAGCUACUGUCUGCACCGCAUAUGCUGUACUGGGGCUUGUGUUUCAUGAACAUUUCUAGUUACUUGGAGGGAUUCUCAGCAACUAUUUCAACAAAAUUCUAAGCCAGAAAAUUUUCGAAUUUGUAUAAGCUCUAUGAUCAAAAGCAUAUGGGCUGCAGAAGUUAAUAGCUAACUUCUAGUCACUUAGAGUUAAGACUUCACUAUCAUACUAUUAGAUGUUCCGAAGUUUUCACCUUUGCUUGUUUAGGUUGAAAAUCUUGUUAAUUAGAAGCAAACUACUCUUUCAACCAGUCCUGACUGCACA